AUGAGUAGAAUCUCCAAACUCGAUUGGGACACCAUCGUAGGAUUGGGAAUCAAGGAAUACAUCCCAGACACAUCGUCUGAAUGUGUGCCCGAAGAUUUCUCUUCCUCUUCAUCGUCACAACCUUCCCCUAGUUCCAUUUUGGAUCGACGAAGUAAUGCACAUGUGCUGGACCACCUUGCCGUCGGUUUCGGACCACGAUUGGACCAACAUCGUUGGGGUCAAGUGUUCAGUGUGCUCAGUUGCUUUUUUCAAUUCCGUAAUCGACGCUUGAUCUACUCGGUGCAUGGUUUGCAUCUUGAAUUACCCAAUGCCGAAUUGCAUCAAUUAACCACUUGGUGGUCGGCAGCCCAAUCCUCCUCGGUGUCCUCGUGCACUUGCUCGCAUCCCAUCGGUCACCAAUCUUCGAACACCGCUCAGAUCCAUGUUCCGUCGUUUCCCAUCCCCGAGGAUAUAUCGCAACCCCAAUCCGCAAGCGCCUGUACUGCUCCGAGCACAUGUUCUUCAACUCCACUGACGAUUGAAGGCCAACUGGAUGAAUUCACAGUAUUUGUCAUCUGUCUGAACAGAGUGGUUGUUGCUCUACGAUUGGACGCAGCUCGCUUGUCGUCUACAGUUCAGUGUCCUAUCCCAGUACAGCACUCUCACCAUGGCACCUCUUCACCCUGUUCAUCGUCCACUAACCACUUGCCCGCGGGCGAUAGUGCUUCAACGGGUUAUGCAUUGCAGCAUCAAAGCGUGAUCUGUCUGAGCUCGAUUAAAAUGACAUAUCAUCAUAGAUCGCGGAAGUCCAGUACAACCGAAUUGGAUUCGGACAAUAUGGAGCAAAUGGAUUCCGGGUACCCAGUCCAUGCGACUGAUGCACUCCAACACCAGCUGUUUUGGUUACCGGAGCUCAUCGUGAACGUCAGCAGUGCAGACAAGAUCAAUCUGGGCUCUGAGUGUGCACAGUUAUUGCCACAGGAAACAACAACAACUAUCCCCGCGUCAAAUCGGUCAUUAGCCUGGUUGAUUCGCUUUACCGCCACAAAGAGUGUGCAGGUGUUCGUGCAUUUGGCGAGCGAUGCGCAUCAGGUUGCUUUCUGUUUGAAGGCACUCUCGUUUCGAUGGGCAUUGUCCUCAUCCCUGCCCGAUCGGAAUGCGGCUGCUGUUAACGGUCGCGCAGUUCCAUCCAGCCAGAUCAAGCUGAGCUGUGAAUCGGCCCUGAUGCGUUGUGAUUCAGAAAAUAUCGCUGUGUUUAAGCAAUUCACUCUGCGACGAAGACCUCACGCUCUCCACCAUCGGACAGAUUACAAUAAAUUGGGCCUAUUGCGCAAGUGCAAUACCGCCUGGGAAUUCGAUGCCGAUCUGGUCUAUUUCACAUUUCCCUAUCGAUAUCGUUUUCUCGAGUUCUAUCAAGAGGUAAGUGGUGCCCGUUUGCUCAAAUUAAAAGAUGUGGAUAAUCGGUUGUCUGGUAGACUGGUGCUAAGCGGCAUUUAUGCGGAGAUUGCCUAA